GGUCACACCUUACCUUUGUUUUGAUCAUUAUAUUCACUAAUUUUUUCGCACUUUUAAAACGCAUUUAACUUAGUCCAAAAUUAUCGGAAAGGAUGUCCAAUGCCGGCUACAGCCAGCUGCCUAGCGGCAGUGGCGACCACGAGCGACGACAGGCUCAGCUGGUGGCCAACACCUAUGACGUGCUCCAACGAACAGGCGAGAGUAUCCAACGUUCCAACCAGAUUGCCAUCGAAACGGAGAAUAUGGGGGCGGAGGUUCUAGGCGAGCUGGGAGAGCAGCGAGAGUCUCUAUUGCGCACCACGCGCCGAUUGGAGGAUGCCAACGAGGAUCUUUCCAAGUCUCGAGCCAUCAUUCGGAAGCUGAGUCGGGAAGUGCUUUAUAAUAAGAUCAUUCUAAUACUCAUUAUCGUGCUGGAAGUGGGCAUCCUUAUCGGGCUCCUGGUGCUUAAGUUCGCGCACCUGUAGAAGCUCUGUAUUCUCUGGUUAUUAUAUUCCAAAGACACGGCGGAUUGUGGUCGUAUUUAAAUCGUUAUAGCUUGUAUCCAUUUGCCUUAACUGUAAGCUACUGUAUAUUUGAUUUGUUAA